GCCAACAUUCGCUGAGCUUUAUGAUGGCUCUCCCGUCUGAGAAUCCCAUCCUUGCUGCAAACCUGCAAUUUGUAUUGAGUCGUGUUUCCGGUUUCGACAUGCCGGUCGACUCUCUGCGCAACGCAUUGCUCGGCAUCGCAGCCGUUCAUACAUCGUUUCUUGCCGCCCGCGAGGGCGACGCCAAGACCGCUGACGACUCGGUGCGACUCGCGAAUGCGUACCGGUCUCAGUCCGUGUGCUUGCUCAAUAAGGCUUGCUUGACUACCGAGGGUGUCCAAAGUGAUUCUACUAUCGCCGCCACUGCCGCCAUCGCCCUGCUGGAUAUCCUAUCGAGCGGACAUAGUUGGGCUGCCAAUCUCGAUCUUGUGAGGACCGUCGUCAACGCCCGAGGCGGUCCUGCCGUAAUUCUCGCCCGCAGCGCACGUCCUCAAAUUGGGACAAUCUCCGGGGUGUCGCGCGCUCGUCUGUUCCUUGAAACUGUUGCCAUGUAUGAGUUAUUCGGCUGCAUCGGAACCGGUCAAAGACCCACGGUGCUGCAACCCGACGCGGACGGAUGGUGGCUCCAAGCUGCGAACAACGGCGAUGAUCAGUCCCACGUCGACGAGUGUUUCGGUAUCUCGCGCUCGCUUGUCCCGUUAUUGUCACGAGUCGUAUCCGUCGUCUGCGAUGUGCUCGAAAAGUACUCGGACGAGGCCCCUUGUAAACAUGACGGCAUGCACCUGAUGUACAAUGCCCGCGUACUGUAUGACGCGCUCGACAGCUGGUCGGAGCCAGGCACCGUGCACGAGCGUAUCACGGCGGGUAACUGUAUCUACAGGAGCGCGGCUCAGAUAUUGAUCCUCCGAGACGUGUUCGGCCUUACACCGGCGGACGUCGCUGUGCAGCGCCUCGCGAACGUGGUGCUGAGUCUUGCUGCCGAUUGCGGCGCACAGAGGCUCUCCGUUGGUCUGAACUGGCCUAUGAUCAUUGCUGGUUCUCAAGUUGUUGGAGCUGACCGUGCACGGGUGCUUGAUAUCUUCGAGUACUUCCGGUGCCUUGAGACUUCGGCAUAUGUAGUCUCUCAGGUUCGGAAGCGCAUGGACAUCAGCCUCCCCGGUGCCGACUGGCGAUCUGUAAUGAAGGACGAAAGCAUCGACGUGCUCAUCGUCUGAGACUACGAUCGCGAGUUUGGUCCUCUUGCUAGGGAAGUGGACCCUGAAAGUGCACCCCCAUAUCUACUCCACCUAAUAAUGCCCAAUUUAAGCCGAUGAAGAUAAUUGUACCUGUACAUAGCAAUAAGAAUACUGUUGUUCU